AGUCGCUCCUCCUUCCCUUCGCCGAUAAAGAAAGUCGUGUACCGUCGUGGCUUGUCCGUGUGGCUCCGAUUUAGCUGGUGAAUAGGGUGGAAAAAUGGCAGAUACGUUGGCACUUUUUACUUCCAUCGGCCUCAGUGAGCAGAAGGCGAAAGAGACGCUGAAAAAUGAAGCGCUGAGCUCUUCGCUGAAAGAUGCAAUUAUUCAGGCCCAGCGUGUCUGUGGGGCGUCAGGAGUGGCCAAAGCCAUGGGUACAUUGCUGUACAGUAUGGCGUCUCGCCUUAAGGACCCCAAACGCCUGGCAUUCCUUUCAGACAAUAUAGCUCAGUCCAAAAUCUGCACAGAGCUUCAGCUAUCAGCUGCACUGGAUUUUGUGAAGAGUAAUCCUCAGGACCCCAUCAACCUGAAGGAGUUUGAAGAAGCAUGUGGUGUUGGUGUGGUCAUAACACCAGAGCAGAUUGAAGAAGCAGUGGAGACAGUUAUCAAGAAGCAUAAAGAACAGCUGCUAAAGGAGAGGUACCAUUUCAACAUGGGACUGCUAAUGGGAGAGGCGCGUGCUGCCCUUAAAUGGGCCGACGGAAAGGUCAUCAAAAAUGAAGUGGACAUGCAGGUCCUACAUCUGCUUGGACCCAAGACAGAGGCUGACCUGGAGAAAAAAUCGAAGCCCCAGAAAGCUAAAGUUGCAGAGAAUGAGGUGAAGGUGAAAAAAGAGGAGGUGGCAGUGAAUGGUGAGGGGAUGACUGGGGAGGGAAAGUCGCUAAUGGAGCAGCUCAGAGGAGAGGCGCUGAAGUUCCAUAAACCAGGAGAGAACUAUAAAACUGAGGGUUAUGUGGUCACGCCGAACACAAUGAACUUGCUUAAAAAGCACCUGGAAGAAACUGGUGGACAGAUUCGUACUCGUUUUCCUCCUGAGCCCAACGGCAUCCUUCACAUUGGACAUGCCAAAGCCAUCAACUUUAAUUUUGGCUAUGCAAAGGCAAACAAUGGAAUUUGUUUCUUGAGGUAUGAUGACACGAAUCCAGAGAAAGAGGAGGAAAAAUACUUCACUGCUAUUAAAGAAAUGGUGGAAUGGCUUGGCUACAAACCUUAUGCCGUCACACAUGCUUCAGACCACUUUCAGCUACUCUACGACCUUGCUGUGGAUCUCAUUCGCAGGGGUCAUGCGUACGUGUGCCAUCAGAAAAGCGAGGAGCUGAAGGGCCAUAACGUACCUCCGUCACCCUGGCGAGACCGGCCCAUCGAGGAGUCCCUGGUGUUGUUUGAGAGGAUGAAGAAUGGCCUGUUUGCUGAGGGAGAGGUUACACUCAGGAUGAAGAUGGUCAUGGAGGAUGGGAAGUUGGACCCUGUGGCAUACCGAAUCAAAUACACAGCGCAUCAUCGGAGCGGAGAUAAAUGGUGCAUCUACCCCACUUAUGACUACACCCACUGCCUGUGUGACUCUAUUGAAAAUAUCACACACUCACUCUGUACCAAAGAGUUCCAGUCCAGGCGGUCCUCGUAUUUCUGGCUGUGUAACGCUCUGGAUCUGUACUGCCCUGUUCAGUGGGAAUAUGGGAGACUGAACCUCACCUACACUGUUGUGUCCAAGAGGAAAAUCAUCAAACUAGUUGACACUGGUGUUGUCAAAGACUGGGACGAUCCCCGACUCUUCACUUUGACCGCACUGAGGAGAAGAGGUUUCCCACCAGAAGCAAUCAACAACUUCUGUGCUCGGGUUGGAGUCACGGUUUCCCAGACGACUACAGAGCCCCACCUUCUGGAGGCGUGCGUGAGGGACGUUCUAAACGAAACGGCGCCCAGAGUCAUGGCUGUGCUGGAACCACUCAAAGUGACCAUAAUUAACCUUCCGGAGGACUCAAAGUCAGAAGUACAGGUACCAGACUUUCCUGCCAACGAGGCCAAGGGCAGCCAUGUGGUUCCAUUUUCACGCACGAUCUUCAUUGAACAGAGUGACUUCAGAGAGGUGAUGGAGAAGGGCUACAAGCGUUUGACCCCAGAACAGCCUGUGGGUCUAAGGCAUGCUGGGUAUGUCAUCUCUGUCCAGAAGGUCGUCAAGGAUGCUCAGGGUAAAGUGGUGGAACUGGAGGUGAAUUGCUGCAGUUCUGAGACUGCAGAGAAACCAAAGGCCUUCAUCCACUGGGUCAGCCAGCCGCUGGUGUGUGAAGUGCGCCUGUAUGAACGACUAUUCCUGCACAAACAUCCUGAAGAUCCAUCUGAAGUGCCCAAUGGCUUCCUGAGUGACAUCAAUCCUAAUUCCCUGCAGGCAAUCAGCGGUGCCUUAGUGGAUACCUCAGUCAAGGGAGCAAAGACUUAUGACAAAUUCCAGUUUGAGAGAGUUGGCUACUUCUCAGUGGACCCCGACAGCACUGAAGACAAGCUCGUCUUCAACAGAACAGUCACCCUGAAAGAAGACCCAGGGAAGAUCUAAUUGACUGAGAUCAAGCUGGACUUCCUGCUUCCCAUGAGCCCAAAGAUACAUGUCAAAGUUGUUUGCAUCACUUAAUCUGUUUUGGCUGAGACUGACUGAAGUCAGAUGCUAUAACAAUGGCAUGUCCAUAUUCAUAAGAAAUUUGUGACCCGCAAAAUGACUUGGUCAGUCAGCUUCAGCUUUUUGUAUCUGCUGCAAUAAUAACUCACUUACAGUAUUUCUUCUUUGUUGAAUUUAUGCAAAAUUGAUCAUUGUUCAACAAUGAUCUCCUGUAUGCUAAUUUAAUAUCGACAACUCCUCUGGUGUCCACAGAGGGGAUGCUUUCAAAUGCCAUACAUGACCUUUUCUUACAAAGGAGGCAAGUCACUGCCAAACCACUUUGUAUUUUUAUUUUUACGACUCAGAUGGGUUCAUGUGUGUCUUUUUUGACGGGAAACACAAAUAAAUAAAAAAACUGGCAAAGUC